UUCCCAAAAUGAGCAGCAAGCAGACUGUUGCUUCUUCAACACAGGAACAGAUUUUCUUACUGUUUUGGUUGUGUAACCAUUUUUCUCUCCCACAGCAUCCAUGGGCAACAUUAUAAAAAUAACCGUCUUUCAGUCAGGGAAGGGAGAAGUGUUCAGGAUUCCUGCUCUUUACUACAACAAAAAUGAGAAAAAGGUUUUUGCCUUUGCAGAGAAACGGACUUCCACCAAUGCUGCUGACUCAGUGGCGCUGGUCAUGAGGACAGGAAUAGUGACGACUGAUGCCAACAAUAUUCCGACAGUGAAGAUGAUAGAGUCUAUAGAAGUAGUAGGGUCAACAAAAAUAAACCACUCUACAUAUCAUCCCAAUAACCCCUGUGUUGUGUAUGACAAAAACACAGAGACACUGUUCCUUUUCUUCAUCUAUGUCAAUGAGACAGAGCAGAAGCAGCUAGAGGAUCAUCAGAAUGUGGCCCGUCUGCGCUACAUCAAAAAGAAGAUAAGUGACGACAAGUGGAAUGAAUUCACUGAUGUGACCGACAUGCUGCCUACUGACAGCUGGUCUACGUUUUCUGUUGGACCGGGCCACGGCAUUCAAACUGAGAAGGGCAGAAUGAUGGUUCCAGCUUAUGCUUACAAAAAGGAAAAUAACGUUCCACAUUCAUUCUACAUUUAUAGUGAUGAUAACGGAAGCACAUGGCAAUAUGGCAUGAUGCUGGGUGAACCAUCACUAGAAUGUCAGGUGGCUGAGGUUUCUGAUAACUUGUUCUACUGCAAUGCUCGCAGUCAGGGAGGCCAUCGAGUACAAGCAGAGAUUAAUAACUGUGGUUUCAACCCAAUAGAUUCUGUUACACCCCUUGUGGAAACAGGUAAAGGCUGUGAGGGGAGUGUGAUUUCCUUCCCAGCUCAGUCUGGAGAAAAAGGCACCAAGUGGCUACUUUAUUCUCAUCCAACAAAUCAAAGUGAAAGACUUGAUUUGGGAAUUUAUCUGAACAACUCUCCACUAAAUUCAAAUGGAAACUUUAGUGGAGCGUGGAGCCAACCCUUGGUCAUUAACAAGGGACCCAGUGGUUACUCUGAUCUGAUCCACAUUAAAGAUGGCUGGUUUGCAUGUCUGAUGGAGCGUGGAAAGAAAACUUCUACUGAAGAGAUAGCAUGCUUACUGUUCAGCUAUGGUGACCUCAAAUUGUAAAUGUGACUUCAAAAAAAUGUCUCAUUUUUAUUCCACUAAAAAAAAUUCUUUGCAGUGUAUUUAGUGAUGUUUGUUUACAAUAUAUUUUCAAAUGUAGGUCAUAUAAAUACAAUCAGGAGUUUCAUUUGUCAGUUUAAAAAAUACCUUUUGAAAACAACAACCUUUAAGCAGGUAUCAAACAACUUUUGACAAAUCCCAAAUUUCUGCAUUAAAAAGUUUUUUGAUCUGUUGUAAUAUUAUACUCUUAAGUUUUUAUUAGAUGUAAGCAGGAAAUCAGCAUGAUUAACAGAAAAAUUAUGACUAAAAUGCUAAAAACAUUAUAUUUUACCUUCUACAACAAUGUAUGUAAACAAGUCUCCAUAGUUACUUUGUCUUCAUUUGGUUCUUUUCAGUUUGGUUUCAUUGUAUGGGUUAUAUUUUACUCUAUGUAGUUUUAUUUUUGUUUUAUCUUGAAAUAUCUGUUUUUAAGUGAAUCCAUAUCUAAUGACAAUUUCUAUCAUGUUUGGGACAUACAACAAAAUCAAGCUAUCUAUCUUGAAAACAUCAGUGUGUGUGUAAUCUAUGAUAUGAUUAAUUAAUUAAGUUACUGAAAUAAAUGAACUUUUCAAUUAUA